GUGGUUCCUAAAAAAAAUCCAUCCGAAUGUUGAUAAUCGUCGACGCCAGAUGGCAACACGUGACGGGUGUAGAAACUAGAGUCUGCUCGACACAGAACGGUUGUUUCGACGUUCUAGUUUCCUGCAAAACCGACAGCCAGUAGCAGCUCUCCUAUAGUUCAGAGGAAAGUAGUUUGAUCAUUCGCAGCGUAGAUUUUGCCGUCCUAACACCUUCCAGCCAGUUUAUACACGUGGUGAUAUGAGAAAGAUGCUCCAUCUUCAGUAAUAAAGAGCAUGGCACCCGUUCAUUAUCAUCGCAUUUGGUUUCGUUUGCAGCUCUUCGCAUCAUUUCUAAUUCUUCUACAUUGGGGGUUGAUUAGAACUUCUCCCCCAAUUCGGACUAUCACAGGAGAACAUGUUCACGAUUUCAACUGUGGAAAGCUUUUCUACCGCACAUUUUACAUCGAUACCAAGAAAGACGCAUUAUAUGUUGGAGCUAUGGAUAAAGUAUUCCGGUUGGAUUUGAAUAACGUGAACAGAACUAGAUGCGAGAAUGAUUAUCUUUCAUUGGAACCAUCUAAUGUAGCAAGUUGUGUAUCAAAAGGAAAGUCUGAACAGUAUGAAUGCCGCAAUCACAUAAGGGUCAUUCAACCAGUUGGAGAUGGAAGCAAAUUGUAUAUAUGUGGUACAAAUGCAUACAAUCCUAUGGAUUGGGUAAUUUAUGCUAAUCUCACUCGGUUAGGAAAAAAUGAGAAUUUUCCUGGAAUAGGAGAUGGUAUAGCAAAAUGUCCAUUUGAUCCAGAAGAUAAUGCAACUGCAGUUUGGGUUGAACAUGGAAAUCCUGGUGGACUGCCUGGUUUAUACAGUGGUACAGUAGCUGAAUUCAGUAAAGCAGAUACAGUGAUAUUUCGUUCAAAUUUAUAUAAUUUAACAACUGGUCAGACUGUAUAUCUGUUUAAAAGGACAAUUAAAUAUGAUUCAAAAUGGCUUGAUAAACCACAGUUUGUAGGUUCGUUUGACAUAGGGGAUUAUGUCUACUUUUUCUUUCGAGAGAGUGCAGUAGAAUAUAUAAACUGUGGAAAGACAAUAUAUUCUAGAGUAGCUAGAGUAUGUAAGAGAGACACAGGUGGAAAAAUUAUUUUAAAUAAAAAUUGGGCUUCCUAUCUGAAGGGUCGAUUAAACUGCUCCAUUCCAGGAGAAUUUCCUUUUUAUUUUAACGAAAUACAAAAUGUUUACAAACAUCCAGAAGAUGAUCAGAAAUUUUAUGCUGUUUUCUCCACUUCAAUGAAUGGUAUCAUGGGAUCUGCAAUUUGUACAUUUAGUCUAAGCUCUAUUCAAGAAGUUUUCAAUGGGAAGUUUAAAGAUCAAGCAACAUCAUCAUCUGCUUGGUUACCAGUUCUCACAAGCAAGGUUCCAGAGCCUCGCCCAGGAAUUUGUGUUAACGAUACACAGACACUUCCAGAUUAUGUACUAAACUUUAUUCGUGGACAUCCAUUAAUGGAUUCAGCUGUAGCACAAGAUGGAAAUAAACCUGUAUUUUAUAAGAGAGAUGUAAUAUUUACAAGGCUAGUAGUUGACAAAAUAGAAGUGGACGGAGUACAUUACACAGUUUAUCAUGCUGGUACAAGUGAAGGAUUAGUUUAUAAAUUAGUUGAAUGGUAUGACAGGACAGGCGAACAACAUUCUAAUUUGGUGGAUAUAUUUGAAGCAACUAUACCAGAACCAGUCCGAGCAAUGGAAAUAUCAAACAAGCAUAAAUCGUUAUAUGUAGCAUCAGAUUCUGUGUUACGACAGUUUGAUCUCAUUAUGUGCAAAGGUAGAUAUGAAAACUGUCUCCGGUGUAUCCAGGAUCCUUAUUGUGGAUGGGACAAAGAACGUGGUGAAUGUAAAAAGUUUGUCACUGGAUUAUUGCAAGAUGUAACAAACGCAACACCUGGAAUCUGUGAUAAUUUUGUGAAAAAUAAACCAUUGCAUGUGUAUUGGGGUCAGAGUCUUCAUUUGACCUGUGCCAUCCACAUGCCAGAAAUUGAAGAACUAGGAAUGGGAAUGCUGCAAUGGUUUCACUACAGUAGAGAAAAAGGAAAAUAUCUUGUCUCUCAACAUAGAGAUAAAUACAUUCACACAGCCAACAAUGGUCUUGUCAUCUUAUCUGUGAAUGAACGAGAUAGUGGCAGAUAUGACUGCAAAUUAGGUACCAGCACAUUGUGUAGUUUUAACAUCACCGUGGAUGCAAAAACUUGUAGUGCACCUUCAGCAACAGAAUAUCGGAAAAUCUACUCAGAUUGGUGUAACGAAUUUGAGAAAUAUAAAAGUGCAAUGAAAACAUGGCAGAAUAAACAAGCGAAAUGUCAAGGCACUCAUCCAAAUGAUGUGACAUAUCAAACAUACCCAUCAGCAUGAACAGAUCAACUUCCAGACACUGCUCAAUCUUGCCUCCUGUCUUUGUGAAGUGCUGCAUAUUGUUGUGAUGUUGCCAGCUGUUGAGAGUCUCGCAAGCGUUAUUUUGGGCCAGAGUUUGUGGUUUUCGGACGCUGCCCGCGACGGACGCCGCCACUGUACAUACGCACUCAAAUACCGAAUGCUACUGGUCCAAAUCGACUCGUGAAGAUCUGCCUAAGGACGACAUCUGUCAACACUGCAUACAUAUUAACAAGUGUUUCAUAUUUCCACAUUAUUACAAAAAUAAACAGAUAACUAUUUCUGUCUCGGAGACAAAUGCAGCAAUUAUUCCAUCGUGAAAAGUUUAUCGAAGAAGCAACAACAGAGUAUUUUGCCUCGUGAACAUUCCACGGAUUGCAGAGACAAUAUAAUGGUAAUUUUGAAAUAUAUCGAUGUCAAAGUGGCAUAGAAAAGAAUGAAACGAUGUGAAUUAUAUAUAUGAAAUGGAUUGUUGGAUUAUUGUAUUUAUCCUGUUCUUGUCAACAAUUUAAAUACUUUAUUAUUUACAUCUUUCGUGUUACCAUUAAUAAUUUAAUAUACACCAUAUUCUUGCAUUAUUUAUAUAAUAAAUUACUGCAGUCUUUCGACAUAAGAAUAAACAAAGGUAAAAUUAUAUUAUUUUCAAACCAAAACAAAAUUUGCUUAGCAUAAUUAAAAAAAACACCAGAGAUUUAACAUUACAAAUCUGAUAUUAGGCAAUAAUUCAAAUUUAUGUAAUUGUUUUACAACAUAAAUAAACUACUCUUACUAAAAUAGACUGUGAUUAUUAAUAGGAAAAUAGAAAUAAUAAUUAUUUUCGGUUUGACACAAAUAGAAUUAGGUAAUUGCUCACCAAGUUAAAAAGAAAGGUUAUUCUCAGCCACAAGUGCGUAAAACUAAGUGGUUAUGUAUAUAGUAAAGAGGAAGAGUCUUAAAUGACAAAACUUUUUGAUAUAAUUCUUAUCAGCAUCUAUCAAAUUAAUGGCUGAUAACUAUUAAAAAACAAAAAUGGACUAUUACAAAAUAAAGACCAAGUCCAGUCCAUAUAGUGAGACAGCUUGUCUUUAUACUGUCCAAUAUUAUUGUCAUUGUCAAAAAAUUAUAUAUAUAUAUAAAGUGUUUUGACAAUUUGCUUGUCAAUAUCAUCAUUUACGUCUGUGUACUUUUCUAUUUUUCUCUUAUAUUGACUUUUGCCAAAAUUAUGACUCCCAUCAUAUGUUUUCCCCAUUUAAGAAUGUGGUCGUCCGUUGCAACGAAUUUUUAAAUUGGGCGCGCAUGCCGCGGCACGUCUUAUCGUCGUAUCGCAUUUACAGAUUAUCUUUGCAACAGUUUUAGAACUAAAAAUCAAAUACGCUUUAAAAUUCUUUAAAAAGUGUGAUGCAUUCUGGGCAUUGUAUUUAUUAUUUUUGAUCAUUCCAUUUAUAUAGAUACUAAAAUAGGAUGACAAUACUAAAAACAAAUUGUUUCGGGCUUUCUGAUCAGAGAAUAUUUGAUUAUUUAUUUAAAAAUUAAAAAUAUACAGUAAGAUAUAUUAGCUGAUGCAUAAAUUAUAUAGUAGCAUAGAGAUAUUUUAGACUAAAUAGUAUUAAUAAUUUCUGUAUUUUAGUGAAUAUUUUUAAACAAAAUCUUCAAACUUUUUUUUAAUAUCUAGUUUUAUUCUACCUCAUAUUUUAAAAAUUGUAUUUAUUUUGCAUUACAUGUCAAGGGAUGAAAAUGGAUAUAAUGACUGUGUUGAAGAAUGGUUCUACAUAUUUAUUAUCUGGUUAAUCACACCAAAUAAAAAAACAAACAAACUGUUCCUAAAAUCUCAUUCUUUGCCGAUCAACUGUUUUGUCAAUGCAUUAUUCGAAACAAUUUUUUAAUAAUUUCUUAUACGAAAAUUUGUAUGACUUUCCCGAUGCAAUUUAAUUUCCGUAACAAUUUAGUGUCAUAGGUUGGUCAGAUUGUGUCGGACGUUUAAGUGUUCGGUUCCGACGGCAACUAGAUAGCGAUGGAAUCGUGUCGUCGUAAUGUGUUGAUUCUUGUCACUUUCGUUGAACAUUGAAUGUAAUGUCCAAAGAUAUUGCUGCUGCAUCGGUAUGACUUACAACCUCUGAUUUGUCAGUCUGUAGGUAUCAGUAUGUUUUGUAACUUGUUACAUUAUGAUAUUUUGUGAACUUAUCUGAUAUGUUGUACAGUUUUUAAUGUUCUGUGGUAUUGAUUAACUAAAAAUGUCUUGUAGUUUAUUAUGUAACUUAAUUAAAGAAAAUUAUGACAACAUGCAAA